UGCGUGGGCGCAGAACACAGCCAGCAGUCGCAAACUCGCGAGAAGCAGGUCGCAACUCGCGUAUGAGUGUGCGAUUACGUAUCUGUGUGUUAUAAGUACCAGCCAGAGCCGGGAGAAAGUGUGCAGGUACAGUAUAGACCUGCACACGUCGAAAAGCUAUAUAUACGCCUGAUACAUUACUUAUACACACACGACUGCGCUUGCAAGUGGCAGCGGACGUCAGCGGGGGCAGUAGUAGUUUCGAGUCGUACGUGGAGGUGAUCCCCGCGCGUGCCUAUAUCCUACCCACACAUCCCUUCUGGAGAAGAAGGCAGAGCCUCGUCGAGCGACGAAGCUGAUGCUCUACAUGUUCCUCGUCGUCGAACUGUUCGCCCGAAUCAGCUGAGGAGGAGGAGAGGUGGAGGUAAAGAAGAAGAAGAAGAACAAGGUCAACGUUGUAUUGUCAAUUAGAGCGCGCCAGUGUGUAACUUUCGAGGCGAGCGAUACGCAGACGACCUCGUCGUGACAAGCAUCCAGGAGUCCUGACAAUAUGGUGCAGCAGUACCAGUCGCCCGUCCGGGUCUACAAGUACCCUUUCGCCCUCGUUAUGCUGGCUUACGAGCGGCGGUUUCCUACAUGCCCACAAAUACCAGUUUUUGUAGGAUGUGAAGUAACUUUGGAUACUGAGAGUGAAGAUGGAGCAAUUAGAACAACUGAAAGAAAAUGUAAACUAAAUGUUGAAGCCCCAUACAUUUUAAAAAAAAUAAUAGGUGUAGACUUUGUGUAUUUUAUACAAAGAAAUGUCCUUGACCGCCGUAAUAGCGUAUUAGAAAUUGAAGCAUACAACGAAAGUUUUUCCUCCAGGGUCACUGUCUUAGAAAAAUGUAGAUACUUUAUUCAUCCAGAAAAUCCUGAAUGGACCUGCUUUGAGCAAACAGCUAGUUUAGAUAUAAAAAACUUCUUUGGAUUUGAAAAUUCAAUGGAAAAACUAGCAAUGAAACAGUAUGCACAGAAUAUUGCCAAGGGCAAAGAAAUAAUAGAAUAUUUUGUAAAUGAAUUGAAAGAAGAGGGUAUAACAUAUGUUGAACCAUGGCAAGAUCCAUUGCAAGAAACUAAUGUUGUAGAAGAAAAAGUGAGUCCUAAAGAAGAAAAGAAAGAAGUUACUAAACUUCCUGAGCAUGGAUCUUUAGAUGGAAAGCUUCCCAGUAGUAGAGAUUCCUCCGAAAUUAACAUUUCAGAAAUGCAGUUAUCCUCUGAUUACAUUGAAAGAUACCUGGGAAAGCUCGAUAUGAUGCAGGAGAGCAAAUUAGUACAAUUGAGACAUAGCAUUGAAGAGCUGAGAGGUAGUUCUGUACCAGGAGAUGCUACCCUUCUUCGUUUUUUACGUGCUAGAGAAUUUUCUGUAGAAAAAGCUAGAGAAAUGUUGACUCAAUCACUUCAUUGGAGAAAGAAACAUCAAAUUGACAAGCUUCUUGAAGAAUAUGAAGCACCUCAAGUCGUAAAGGAUUACUUUCCCGGUGGUUGGCAUCACUUUGAUAAAGAGGGGCGACCACUUUACAUUUUAAGAUUAGGACAAAUGGAUGUUAAGGGACUACUGAAGUCAAUUGGUGAGGAUGAAUUACUGCUACUAGCAUUGCAUAUUUGCGAGGAAGGACUUUCCUUAAUGGAUGAGGCAACAAACGUCUGGGGUCACCCAGUUUCUCAGUGGACGUUGUUGAUUGAUUUAGAAGGAUUGAAUAUGCGUCACUUAUGGAGACCUGGCAUUAAGGCCCUCCUACAUAUAAUUGAAAUUGUUGAGUCAAACUAUCCUGAAACAAUGGGUCGCGUUUUAAUAAUGCGUGCUCCAAGAUGCUUUCCUAUUUUAUGGACACUGAUUAGUACAUUUAUACAUGAAAAUACAAGAAACAAGUUUAUGUUCUAUUGUGGUACCGAUUAUCAAGAGCAAGAAACUGGUGGCCUUACUGAUUACAUUGAUCCUGAGUACAUACCAGAUUUUCUUGGUGGUUCAUCAGAGGACGGUUUGUGCGAAGAGUAUUACACAGUUCCUCGACGCUUUUACAUUUUUGAAUCUUCUAACGACACCUACGUUAUGGAAGGAGGAGUUGUGCCAAAGCAUCUUUACAAAGCUGAUCUUGAAGGAACAUCUACUGAACAUGAACAUAGUUUGUAUCAUUCUAUUAGUCUUAGUCGCGGCCAAGUACACCAUGUUGCUAUUCACUGCAAUGAUCCCGGUGCUGUUCUCACCUGGGAUUUUGAUGUAAUGCGCCACAAAGUUCUGUUCACUGUAUUACAUAAGGAUAAGUCUAAUGACUCUAAUGGUUUGGCUGUACCAGAUACUACAACUGUAAUUGAACAAGAUGUAACAGGUCAUAAAGAUUGGAAAGAAGGAAUUGAUUGUGUCAAAGUGGAACCUAGCAUUGUAUGCCAUGAUGGAGAAAGUAUUCAGGGAACUCAUAUCAUGCAAGAAGCAGGAAUUUAUAUUCUGCAAUGGCAAAAUCCAGAAGAACAAGGAGAAUUUCUUCCGUCAAUAGGCUCUCAUAAAGCCCAAUUGAUGUAUUUCUAUGAAACACUACCAUCAGCUCAUUACAAGGGUUCUAUGAUGAGCUUACAAUCUGCUAUAAGUGGGCGAUCGGUCGCAAGUUCCUCUUUGUCUAGAUGAGAAGUAAACGCAGGUACGAGCAAAAUCGAGCCUGGUGACAAGACGUAAUUGAAACUGUGACUCAGUAAGAUUCAUUGAGUACGUGAAUAUCUUGUCAGGGAAUAAUAAUUUUACCAGGUUUGCUCGCUACAUGUUUAGACGACUGUGCUAAUGUCUAACAAACAAACAAACAAAGCCCCGUGAAAAUAAUUGACUUGCUGUUAUAGGGAUACAAUCGUUGACAAAUCUGUUAGAAUGUAAUAUUGUUGUUGCCUUAAAAAUUAUUUUGGUACGUAAAAUAAUCCUGCGCGAAUUUCACAUACCAUCAUGUUAACAUGGAUUUCCAUUUUUACUGGAAUUAUUAGACAUGGCAAUUUAGCCAUUUCAAGACUUUUUUACAGAAACAAUAUUUUUAAAUGUCGUGGAAAAAUUAUUUUAUAUUGUGCAUAAAGCACAUUUUUCCUUAACUUAUUUUUGAAAAGAUAUUUGUCCAUUAUUAGUGAUGCGAUGAAAAGAUCUGAAAAAAAUUAUACUCUAUGUUACCCCUUCUUGUUGAUCACGAAAAACGUUCGUUGCUUGAAAAUUUUUUAAUGAAUUCUGACUAAUCUUUACAAAUGCAGUAAUAUUUAAAAUCAUUUAAAUACUAAUUAAAGAACCUGGUUUAUUUUUUAAAUGUUUAAGAAAAUAUUAAGAAACACCAAUGGGUUUACAAUUUGUAUAAUAUAUUUAAUGAUGCCUUAAUCAAUUAGUUUGCGAAUUCCUUAUAGAAUCAGUCAUCCAUUUUUAAUAGCAAUAUAAUUUGCACAUUUAAGAAUAAGAAACAUACAAUCCACAUCACGAAGAUUUGAAAGUCUAUUGGCGUAUUAUUUAUGUAUAUAUAAAUAUAUAUUUUAGUUUCUUGCAUAUCAAUAGGAUUUCUUAUUGUUAUAUGACAUGAAAAUAUCAGUGAAGUAGAAUCUAAUUUACAAUAAACAUCACGUCUUCUGUAGGUUUUAGAUGAAAGUAGAUUUGCUUUAUCUAUGAUAUAGGACAAAUUAAAUGACUUCUAUAUCAACAUCUAUAAGUCAUUCCUAUCUUGCACUUCUAAUCUAACUUACAUUAUUAUAUAUUUUUUCUUUUUCUGCAAUACAUGAUAUAUUACAAGUAAUGAAUUGACUUGAAAAUAGUUAUUUUCAUUACUGGUAUACACUUCUACGAAUUAGAAGUAGUAAAUUAUUGACUAGUGUUAAAAAAAAUGUUAUAUAUUUAAAUUUUUACAAUUAAGGGAGACCUAUAAAAUUCAAUCAAGCUACUGAUACUCAAUUUUAAAAAGUGGGACAAAAUUAUACUCCACGUUUCAACAAAAAAAAUGUAUGGUGGAAACUAUUCAUGACAUUCCUAUCCAGAACAAUACUGAUGACGCAUUUUUACAGACUGGUUAUUAUUAGAAUUGAAAUUUAAUACGUAUCAGAAAAUAUGUACAACAAUUCUUUUUCACACACGAUAACAAAUAGUUAAUAAUAAUAUUUAUAAGAAAUGCAUUUCUGGCAGAAUAAUAAAAUUCUUAAGUUUUUCGCCGUUGUUGAAACUUUUAGGAAAUUACGUAAAUUUUAUCUCGAGUGUUGAUGUUUAUGCCUAUGUCGUUCAUAAUAUCAAAAUUUGAAUAAAUUGCAUAUGCAAUUAUAUGUUUUUUCAGAAAAAUUAGACUACUAUGUAUAAUUACGUAGUUUCCACGAAAUAUCCGGCUCUGUGUUUUUACUACACAAUUUUAACGUAAUGAUAGGCCUACGUAGUAAUUUUUCAUACAGUAUUAACAAUACUGUACAUGCCAGACAAUUUAAUCGUAGAAGUACUGUGUAGCGGCUAUGAGAUUUUGCUAAACUCGCAGUGUUAUCCGAAUAUCUGUGCUGUAUCGGCGUAUCGUAUUGUAGGUGUAGAGUAGAAUUCUUUCCAACGAAACAUUUAUCUUGCUAUAGCUAGUAAAGAAAAUGUUGCUGUUCAACUGUGCGUUUCUCUAUCAAACAAAAAAAAAACUAAUACAUACACUAAUGUUUUAAUGCACGACGUCGACAAAGCUACCUCCAAAAUAGGAUAUGCAUUAUAGACUAUAUUCUUUUGGAAGAUAAGCAAAAUAAGAAAGAGCAAAAAUUUGCAUUAGUUUGCAAAACUUUUUAAUUUAUAUUACUUCUUAUUGAAUAUUUAUGUGCCCAAAAGUUUUGCCCAGUUCAAGAUCGAACCAAAAUAUAUUUUCUUAAGGGAAGUUGUACAAAAAAAAACCGAAACAUCUGAGAAGUGUUAAAAAAAAUGUGAUGUGUAUAUAGUAUCUGACGUGAAUGAUAAUGAUCAAUUAUACUUUGUAAACAGUGUCUCCUUUUUGAAACAGAAUGUUCGGAGCGUGAUGUAGAAAAUUUAAGAAAUUUUGUCUUAGAAAGGUAGCCUUAAGAAACGACGUUGUUUGCAAUUUUAGAAUAUAAAUAUAAAUCAAUGAAUGAAUGAACAGUUGAAUCUACUAGCCAUGGACAACCGUUUGAUUAUAUAUUACUAAGUAUGCAAUGUUUUAACAAAAGCUAUAUGUUUACAGUAUUUUACUUAUUUAUCUAAGUCUUUGGUUAGUGCAAUCCAUAAUGAAGAUAUUGUCUAAUGUAUACUUUUAAAAUUUUUAACCAUCUUUUUUAAACGUGGCUAAUAAAUUUAACUGACUUGUUAUAUAAAAAAUGUUCAAACUGUAGGAAAAAUUAUUCGUGAAAGAAAUGUCUUCACUUGGAACUGUAGUACAAGUCAAUACAUUAUGACAAUGUAAUGUGAUAAAGAAAAUAAUUCUUCAACUGAAAUAUACCAAGUAAAAAUCAUGUAA